GAGAGAGAGAGAGAGAGAGAGAGAGAGAGAGAGAGAGAGAGUAUUAUUCUUUGAGACAGAUAUGAGGUCCUCUUUGAUCCUAGGAAUUAUCUCGCUCCUGACGAUAGCGACUUCGUGUAUCGUCCAGGCACGCAAGCUAGAACAGGCAUGCGGGAAUUUAGGCCCAGGCAUUAACGCGUGCAAAUGCGGGGAGAUAGUGGUGAAAGCAGCAAAAGUACAAAAACCAUUGUUUUAUGCGUCGCCAGAAGCGAUCAACGAAGCUGCAGUAGCGCGUGAAGCGGUCGGAAGACUGUCCAAUGUGGGAACGGAUCGGUGGCAUGCCGGAAGCGUGACAUCUUUCCCCACAUAUAAACCUUAUUCUAGCGGCACAUACAGCAGCAGCAGCAGCAGCAGCAGCAGCAGCAGCAGUAGCAGCAGUACCAGCAGUAGCUCUAGCUCUUCAAGUUCUUCCUCUUCUAUCGGACUUCUUGGAGGACUGAUCGGGGGAAGUAGCGUUUACUCACCUUUCCAUUCCGUCUCGGGCAGAGUUGCUUCCAAUUGCGGGUGCAGUGGAAAGAAAUCGACUUCCGAAUCUCUGGAGGUUCGCGAUCUCCUGUCCUCUAACAUCGACGGAAAAGUCGUGCCCAGUUUCCAACCGAUCGGUGAUUUGUGCUACCCAACCCCGCGUAGCGGCAAACUCCAGGUGUCCACCAAAGUGACACCCGCGUACCCCGGCAAAAUCAAGUGCGCCCCUCCCAUCCCUUAUGAGGUUUGCGUCAAAAUACUCAAUGGACAGAUCGACGAUGCAGGAUUGCGAGAGCUUGGCUUAGCGACUGCAUAUGGCAAUACCGGCGCUGUGUCUGGUCGGUAUGGACUGUCGGGUGGAUUAAGCAGCGGAAGUCUAUCUGGUAGCACGAGUACUUUUGGUGGAUAUACUUCCGGCUCCAACAGUGCGGCUCGAUAUGGUACUUUCGGAGGAUACAGGUCAUACGCGGGUUCUAGCGCAGACUCGACCGGAUACGGUGGCCUCACGGGAUACGCGGGAUCGUACGCGGGUGCUGGCGCGAGCAGUGUUGGACAGUUGGCCUCUAGAACGAGCGGCUUUGGUGGAAUAUACGGAAACGGUUUCGCAACUUCGAGCAACGUCGAGAUGAUUCAAGGAUCGGGAGCAAGCCACAGAUCCAAUUGCGAAUCUAUUAACGAUUUUGGCGACGAUCCAGAGUUUCCGGAGGACUAUUCGUAUCCUCGUUUACCAGCGGAUCCGGUCUCACUCACCUUGGCGUACAAAAAUCUCUUCCCGCGCACCGUGUAUUACAACAAACGAGCGUUCGUGCCGGAGGAUAAACUAGCGUUCGGUCACAGAACCGUGCCGACUGAAUCAACACCUAGCAAAACGGUGUCGAAUGUACCCGAGGAAAAACUUCAGAUUCUCGAUAAACCCGUGGUGGAAUUGAAGCCAGUGUCACCGGUUCCCAUCACCGUCGGUGUUUAUGACGAGCACGAGGAAGCCAAGUUGGCGGAGCUCGAGGCUAUCGAGCGCGAGAGGAUAAAUCAAGAGGAGAUUGCCGAGCAACAGCAAGAAAGCUUUAUCACAUAUGGAGACUUAGGAUAUGCGCCAAUAAAUGCAGCACUGCCAGGAAGAUCGGGAAGGCCUUUAUCGGCGGGUCCCAUUGGCGUGUUGAACGCGGAAGACGAUACCGGAGCGGAAUGCGGUCCGAUGGGACCACCAGUCCCCGAUUACGUUCCUGGCAGCGUCGUGAUCGAUCGAGAACUCGUGGAAAACGAAGGGGGAGCCGUCGGAGAGGAUGACGCCGAGAGUUCCAAAUUGUACAUCCGUCACUACGCGGACGAUGAAAUUAGUGACGAGGAGGACGAUAGCGACGAUUCAACUUCUGGGAUAUUCGCCAGGUUGAAAAGCGCCGCCCGGAAGUAUGGUCCCCCGUGUGGUGCCGCCGUGUGAUCCUUUGCGAGAUGCGUGGAAAGGAUUCGUUGACGACCAUUUUCGACUAUCGAGAGAUUAAUCUUGAUUGUUUGGCAAACAAGACAUUCUGGACAAGACUUCCUCGAAUAUUACACUAUUAUUACGCUAGUCCUAGUCUCGAGGAGAUUCUAGUCUUGUGUCUUUGUGAUGUUGUUGUUAUUAUUAUUAUUAUUAUUAUUAUUAUUAUUAUUAUUA